UGAAAGCGUCACGUUUUCUAGCGAAUCAGCUGAUAUUGAUUUCAAAAAUCUUGAAAUUGAAUUAUUCAAUUUUUUCUCGUUCUAAAAAGUCCAAAAGCUUUCAAUAAUAUAUAAAAAUCAAUAAUUUCGUAACCCGAUGUCUGGCAUUUCUGGUAAAUUCUAGAAUUUUUCCAAUUGUCAUCAUUUCUUGUGUUUAAAAGUCUAUAUUCUCUCGUUUCCUAUCAAUAUCGUUUGCUUUAUUCAGCUAUGGCGGAGUUCCCAAAUCUCGGAAAGCACUGUGAGAGCACAGUUUGCAACAGACUUGAUUUUCUUCCAAUCAAAUGCUCCGGUUGUGGACAUUUCUACUGCUCAGAGCACUUCACAUUUGAGGCUCAUAAUUGUCCGACUGGCUCAAGAAUUUCCGUUCAAGUUCCUAUUUGUCCUAUAUGUGAGAAGCCAGUUCCAACGCCGAAAGAUGUCAAUGUUGAUCAACAAGUCAAUGAGCACAUUCAGAACAAUUGUCAGACUCCGAAACGUGCAAAAGUAUAUUCAAACGCGUGUACCGUCCCAAAAUGCAAGAAGAAAGAGCUGGUAGCCAUGAAUUGCUCAAAAUGUCGAAACAACUACUGCCUUUCUCACAGACACGAGCGGGAUCACAGUUGUGAGCGAAAAGUUGGCGAAAUGAAGAUAAAUCAGAAAAAGAGCUGGACGGAUUCAAUCACAUCAAUCGCGCGUUCCCGAAUGAAUCCAUGUUCCGCACAAGCAAGAACAGAGGGAGAUGAAGCUCUGGCUCGUUCUCUACAACAAGAAGAAUACAAUCGAGUUGCACCGCCGCAUCAAACAAGAAAUUCCAAUUCCAACUGCACCGUCUCAUAGCAUCCAAUUUAGUGUAUAUUUAUUUCCCUUCUCAUAUUUUCUGUACAAUUUGCAUUUCUCUUCAACCUUGUUCUAGUUCAUAUCCGUGUCAAAACUUUUAUUCAUUUCACUUCGCCAACUUCAGUCCUACUAAAAUAUUGAUUCUUUGUACAAUGUUGAAUACUUUUUCUUUUUUCUUGAUAUAUGAAAUUGUUCACCUGCUUU